AUGACCCUCCUCACCCCAAAUUCACUCGCAUCCCUUCUCGAAACCGCCGUCUCAACUCGUUCUUCUGUUCUCGGCCGAGCCACCCAUGCUCAAAUCCUCAAGACUCUCCAAUGUCCUAUCCCUGCCUUCCUCUCCAUCCACCUCAUCAGCAUGUAUUCCAAACUCGACCUCCCCAACUCAGCCCAACUUCUCCUUCAACUCAACCCAACUCGCUGCGUCGUCUCCUGGACCGCCCUCAUUUCUGGUUCUGUCCAAAACGGUUAUUUCUUAUCUGCUCUCCUUUAUUUCUCGAAAAUGCGCCGUGAAAACAUCCAGCCUAAUGAUUUCACUUUGCCUUGCGCUUUCAAAGCAUCUGCCACGCUUUGCUUGCCUUUUACAGGGAAACAGAUUCAUGCGAUUGCGGUGAAGUUGGGCCAAAUUAAUGAUGAAUUUGUUGGCUGCAGCGCGUUUGAUAUGUACUCCAAAAUCAGGCUUAAACGUGAAGCGCAGCAACUGUUUGAUGAAAUGCCUGCAAGAAAUAUUUCUGUCUGGAAUGCAUAUAUUUGUAAUGCGGUGCUUGAUGGGAGGCCUAGGAAAGCGAUCGAUACGUUUAUAGAGUUCCGCCAGGUGGGUGGAGAACCUAAUUCUAUAACAUUUUGUGCCUUCUUGAAUGCCUGUUCUGACGCAGGGUAUUUGGACCUUGGGAGGCAGUUACAUGGAUUUGUGAUUCGCAGUGGGUUUGAAGGGGAUGUGUCGGUUGCAAAUGGGAUUAUUGAUUUUUAUGGGAAGUGUAAGGAAGUUGGAUUGGCUGAAAUGGUUUUCACUGGGAUGGGGAGGAGGAAUUCAGUUUCAUGGUGUUCGAUGGUGGCUGCUUGUGAGCAGAAUGAUGAGAAGGAGAAGGCUUGUGUGGUGUUUUUUAUGGGUAGGAAAGAAGGCAUUGAGCUGACAGAUUAUAUGGUUUCGAGUGUUAUCAGUGCUUGUGCAGGUCUUUCGGGACUUGAAUUGGGGAGGUCAGUUCAUGCACUAGCAGUGAAAGCAUGCGUGGCGGGUGAUAUUUUCGUUGGGAGUGCCCUUGUUGACAUGUAUGGGAAAUGCGGAAGUAUUGAAGAUUGUGAGCAGGCCUUUCAUGAGAUGUCUGACAGGAAUUUGGUUUCUUGGAAUGCUAUGAUUAGUGGGUAUGCACGCCAAGGGGACGUUGACAUGGCCAUCACCUUGUUUGAAGAAAUGCAGUCCGAGGCGGUACCAAAUUAUAUAACAUUGAUCUCUGUGUUGUCGGCUUGUAGUAAGGGAGGGGCAGUUAAAUUGGGAAUCGAGAUUUUUGAGUCAAUGAGGGACAGGUACAGGAUUGAACCAGGAGCAGAGCAUUAUGCUUGUAUUGUGGACAUGUUAGGGCGGGCUGGAAUGGUAGAGCGUGCUUAUGAGUUUGUACAAAAAAUGCCAAUUCGUCCAACAAUUUCAGUUUGGGGGGCUCUUUUAAAUGCUUGUAGAGUGUACGGGAAGCCGGAGUUAGGUAAAAUUGCAGCUGAUAACUUAUUCAAGCUUGAUCCAAAAGAUGCAGGCAACCAUGUGCUGCUUUCAAAUAUGUUUGCUGCUGCUGGAAGGUGGGAGGAAGCUACCCUUGUGAGAAAAGAAAUGAGGGAUGUUGGGAUCAAAAAAGGUACAGGUUGUAGUUGGGUUACUGCAAAGAAUAAAGUCCAUGUCUUCCAAGCAAAGGAUGCAUCCCAUGAAAGGAACAGUGAGAUUCAGGCAAUGCUAGUUAAGCUAAGGACAGAUAUGCAGGCCGCUGGUUACAUGCCUGACACCAACUAUGCUCUCUAUGAUUUAGAAGAGGAAGAGAAAAUGACAGAAGUUGGGUACCACAGCGAGAAGAUUGCCCUUGCCUUUGGCCUUGUAGCUCUCCCUCCUGGAGUACCUAUAAGAAUCACAAAAAAUCUCAGGAUAUGUGUAGAUUGUCAUAGUGCCUUCAAGUUUAUCUCAGGCAUUGUUGAGAGAGAAAUUAUUGUUAGAGAUAACACUAGAUUUCAUCGUUUUCGGGAUAGUCAGUGCACAUGCAGAGAUUUUUGGUGA